GCUUUGCAAUGAAUCGUAUCAUAAAAAGCACUAUAUAAAUAAAACUGAAUAGAACUGAAUAAUAAAUGAGGCCCCAGAUGUGAUAAGCAGACUUAUGACACAUUUUAACAAAGCGUAAUGAUUCCGUUGAUUUGUAACACAUACAGUAUUAAUUUCCACUUACAUAUAUAUGUAUUUACUAAACAAAUCAGUGGCCAAAUCUAAAAUCAUUUUGGUGAACAAACUGAGAAAGAAAAAAAAUCACAAAAUGUAAUCCAAAUUCCCACCACUAGUACAGUUAUUUAUAAAGGCAGGGACUACUUUCAUUUUUGUUUACCCACCCAUAAAAAUGGGCAGCUCCUCUAAAACUAUAAAGAAGAUAACUAUAAACAAAGCUCAUUAUAACAGUAACAACCUUAAGCUGCAUUGUAAGAUCUAUAAGGAUAUCAAAAUGAGUGAUGCUGAAACAGCUGAAGUCCUCCAAGGUAACAAGGAAAAGGAACAAUGUCAAAAAAGUGAAGAGGAACAAGCUGUAAUGAUCACAAAGGAGAAGGAAAAUGAAAAACUUCAACAAAGUAAUGCUGAAACAGCUGAAGUCCUCCAAGGUAACAAGAAAAAGGAACAAUGUCAAGAAAGUGAAGAGGAACAAGCUGUAAUGAUCACAAAGGAGAAGGAAAAUGAAAAACUUCAACAAAGUAAUGCUGAAACAGCUGAAGUCCUCCAAGGUAACAAGAAAAAGGAACAAUGUCAAGAAAGUGAAGAGGAACAAGCUGUAAUGAUCACAAAGGAGAAGGAAAAUGAAAAACUUCAACAAAGUAAUGCUGAAACAGCUGAAGUCCUCCAAGGUAACAAGAAAAAGGAACAAUGUCAAGAAAGUGAAGAGGAACAAGCUGUAAUGAUCACAAAGGAGAAGGAAAAUGAAAAACUUCAACAAAGUGAUGCUGAAACAGCUGAAGUCCUCCAAGGUAACAAGGAAAAGGAACAAUGUCAAGAAAGUGAAGAGGAACAAGCUGUAAUGAUCCCAAAGGAGAAGGAAAAUGAAAAACUUCAACAAAGUAAUGAGAAUCUAGCCGAAACCUGUCCACAUCACAAGAAAAUUGAUGAACUUCGGGAAAGACAUGAACGUGACGAGUACAAGACAAAAUUUGAGGAAUUACAAGCAAGAUACGAAAAGGAUUUGGAGCAAAUAAGACUUGAAUGUGACAAGUACAAGACAAAAUUUGAGCAAUUCCAAGCAAGACUGCGUUAUCGUCUGCCAGAGUACAGCAGACAGAAGAGAGGAUUUCCAGGGGUGGCUUCUGAUGCAGUUGUCGACAUGGGAAGCAGCGGAGCUUUAAGCGAGGACCUUAAUAAUCCCUGUAGAGAAUCAGAGCUAAAGAAGAUGUAUGAUAAAUUGAGAUUACAAAUGCUGGCAAAGUAUAUAAUGGAAAUUAAAAAGAAAUCAAAGACAGACAAAACCAUAAAUGAAACAAACGAAAAGGAAAGGCUUAAAGCAAUGCUGAAGGACGUUUUCACUAAAGCUCAACAAGACAUGACUGAAAAGAAAGAUUUUCUAUCCUUUUUUCAAGUUGACCAUAAAACAGAGGAGGGUGAAAAACAAGAGCUAGUAAAAACACAAGACAAAAAUACAAAACAGCAAAAGAAGAAACUUAAAUACAUUGAAUUAGCUCUCCAAAAUCUGCAAAUGAUAAUAUUUCAUGAAGAGGCUAGAAAUCUCCAGACCAUGUACAAGCAACCUGACCCUCUGUGUGAGCUGGCUGAUGAAUGUUACAAGGUCGGCUGCCUGCUGGCUUUACACAAUCCACCUCUGCUGCUCGACUGGGAGAAAAAAGAGCCGUCAGAUUACCUGCCACCAAUUAAGAUGGAAGACACAUCUGCAAAGACAGCUCUGUAGAUUUAAAAUCCAGCAUUAGAGAGAUUACAGACUUCAUGUAAUGGUUUAUGUAGAUUGUUAACAUUUUAUACCUAAUAAACUAAUAGUCACUAUUAGGGGACUGCUAGGACACACACAGACCACAAGGUGAGCACCCUCUCUGGCCUCACCAACACCUUAUCAAUCAAAAACUGUAACAUAUAACAUAAAACAUAAAUACAUUGUUUUGACUUUAUUGCAGCACAAAAAUCUUGAUUAACUUGUUAGCAUGUGGGUUUGAUCCUAUGGGUAGAAGGAAUCAUGAAUUAUGAUGAUUUAUUUUGAAGAGUACUUAUAUAUGAUCAGUUUGCCAUUGAUUUCUAAAAUAAUGUUUUUUUCUAAAUAACAUAAAAUAUAAUAAUACACAUUAAGAGUAAUUGAAAAUACAAAUAUAUACAUAAAUCCAGCAGUAAAUACAUGGAUGGGGUGAAACUAGAAUUAUUGUGUGAGUGGAAGUAAAUAUAUCAGAUUUAAAACCUAGAAUCCAUGCUGAAAAAAUCCAGCAUUGCUGUUCAAAGGGCAUCUCAAGUGUGCAAUUCAUGGAUUUGUGUAUAAAGCUUUGUAAAAAAAAAAGAAAAAAAGGGACAAAGUUUUUGAAAAACAUUUGGAAAAUAAAAGUCUUUUGUUGGCUUAA